AUGGCUGAGCCGCAGCGUCGAGCAUGGACAGCGCACAUCAUUCACAACCCUCGUUUGAUUUUUUCGAGCAUUGUCCUUGCGCUCGUCUUUUUUACCUUCGGUUUUGAUGGCUCCGUUAUGGGGGGCAUCCUCGCUAUGCCGCCAUUCGUCAAACAGUUUGGAACUGCAUCGACACCUGCCGGCCCUGCCCUCACAUCGACCGACAUCAGCGUAAUGACGGCGGUGCCAACGACAGGCUGUCUCCUUGGACUACCGCUCGCAGCAUACUGUGGAGACCGAUGGGGCCGACGCAAGACAUUGAUCUUGGGUUGCGCCCUCAGUGCUGUGGCGGCUGCGAUCCAAACGUCGUCCUUCGGCAUGGCGCAAUUGGUCGUCGGGCGAUGGCUCGCUAAUGCCGCUAUCUUCCUCUUCAUCGUCAUGGGCUCAACAUUUCUGGCUGAAAUCGCACCUGAUGAGCUACGUGGUGUACUCAUCGGACUUUCCAUCGUUACCAUCGACGCGGCUGCAGUGCUCUCAAACGGCAUCAACUGGGCAGUGAGCACUGACAUGAGCCAAUUCGCUUUUCGAUUUCCCAUGGGCCUCCAGAUCGCGUUCCCCGUAGUACUCAUCGCCGGCAUCUUCUUCCUCGAUGACUCUCCAACCUUCUACCUCACACGUAGCGAAGACUCACGCGCGCUACGGAGUCUGCGCAAGGUACGCAAGGGGUAUAGCGAGGCAGAGAUCGAAGCCGAAUUUGCCGCCCUGAAAUCCCAGGCUGCUCUGAGGGCGGAGGAGACUGACGUUCCAUGGACGCACAUCUUCAAAGGCGUCAACCUGCGACGCACCCUGCUUGCGCUGAGCAUCGGCAACAUGCAACAGCUUUCUGGUAUCGCCUUCGCCACGAACUAUGUCACCAUCUUCCUCGCAACAAUCGGUAGCGAUACCAGCCCCUUUCUUCUGGCUCUCGCUGUCGCCAUCUUAGCAUUCAGCGGCGCCAUUGCGGGCCUUUUCGUUGUGGAUGCCGUUGGUCGUCGACCAUUGGCCCUUACAACAUUCACCAUCCUCUUCGUAAUCAACCUUAUCAUCGGAGUGCUGGGUUUUACCAACUAUCUCGAGAACCAGAGCAUCAGUCGAACUAUCGCCGGAUUCUGCUGCAUGUUCGCUUUCUUCUUUGCAGCCGGUUUUGGGCCGCUGACAUACGUCGUUUCGGGAGAAAUGCCGACGGGUCGACUCCGUAACAAGACAGGUGCAUUCUCCUUCCUCAUAUUGGCCUGCUUUUCGACUGUGGUUCAGUACGUGUUGCCGUAUAUUGCGAAUGCUCCGGCCAAUCUUGGUCCCAAAACAUACCUCAUUUUCGCGGGCUGGAUGUUGGGUUGCAUCAUCGUGACCUUCUUCUGGUUUCCUGAAACGAAAGGGCGUACGCCUGCUGAGCUCGACGAGAUGUUUGAGGCUCGCGUUCCGGCCAGACAGUUCAAAAAUUACGUCUGUAACGUUAGUAUCGAGAGUUACAUCAACGAGCAGAAGGCCGAAAUGACUGUCACGGAAGUCGAGAAAUGA